GCUGAGCCCAAGUUGCACCAAACUAACAUGAGCUGCCGUUGUUUAAGGUUUGAUCCGACUGGACAACUUGCAUCAGAUUGUACACAAAUUACAGUUCUCUGAAGAUGAAGUGGACACUAAUCCUUCUUCUCGGUAUCUCCUUGGCUGAAACUACUUUGGGUUGGACUUAUAGCUACUCAGAAACAACCAUGAACUGGACCAUGGCCAGACAGUGGUGCCAGACCAGUUUCACGGACAUGGUGGUGAUCCAGAGCCAGGAGGAGAACGACUAUCUGGUCUCCCAGCUGCCAAACAGAAGUCGGAGCCCAUAUUACUGGAUCGGAAUCACCAAAGCCCACAAGAAUGAAGCUUGGACUUGGAUCGGCAACAACAGCACGUGGAUCGGUGAGCAUUCGUGGGCGGCCAAUGAGCCCAACAACAACCACAGCACGGAGUUCUGUGUGGAGAUCUACGUCAACAGAAGCCCAAACCGGGGGAAGUGGAACGACGAGAAAUGUGCCAAUCCAAAAUAUGCAGUUUGUUAUCGAGCUCAGUGUAGUUCAACGUCAUGUGAAAGAGGAAGAUGCCAGGAGACCAUAAACAACACAACCUGCCUCUGUGAACCUGGUUUUAAAGGAGACAGAUGUGAAACAGCUGAACAGUGUCCAGUUCUGAACCACACUAACUUCAGCGGUGGAAGGAUGAACUGCAGCCACCCGAUCGGACCUCACAGCUACAACUCCACCUGUGAGUUCAGGUGUGACGAAGGCUCCCAGCUCAUUGGAGAGGACCGGAUACGCUGUGAUCACAGCGGCCAAUGGACGGCCAGCAUCCCAGUAUGCACAGCGGUGGAAUGUCCUCCUCUGUCUCGGCCUGAUAACGGCUACCUCAGCUGCUCAGGAGGAAACCAGGUCUUCAACACAACCUGUCACUUUAAAUGCCAACUAGGCCAUCUCAUUAUUGGCCUGUCAUCUGUUACCUGUGGGGUCUCUGGGGUCUGGAGUGGCCCGAGACCUGCUUGUGCAAGCUACAAACAGGCGCUGCUGGGUGUAGCUGGGUGUGGUGCUUUCUCCAUCCUCUCCUGCAUCUGCUUUUGCUGGAUGAAACACAGAAAAAGAAAGAAAGUUUCCCAAGUGAGGCAGCCUGAAGAGGCAACGUCCAGUGCUGUGAGCGGAUGAAGGACAACUUUAAAAGCCUCAGAUUUGUCUUUUAAGAAUAUAUUUGAGAAAUUUAUCUAGACUUUUCUUGUUUCGGUAAAUUACAUAUGACAACUAGUAAAAUUACACCAAAAAAAGUGUAAAUUUCCACAUUAUUCUUUUUUUUAAAGGACAAAACUGUAAAUAAUAUCCACAUUAAAAUUAUAGAAUUUUAAAAUACAUAAUUCAUUUAAAACAUUUAACCUUAAUAUUAUUAGAUUUUUAGUGUAUUUAAAUUUCCCCCAAAUGCAGUUAUUUUACAUGUAUUUCUUAUUGUUUGAAAUAACAAUUAUGUUUAUGAAAGAUUAAAAAAGCUUCAGUAAAAUCUCCCCAAAAAUAUUAAUUUAUA